AUGCCAUUUGCCAGUGUGGACCAGUUACAAUUACAGACCUAUCUGAAUGAGAAUAUGCGGACAACUGGUUUCGUUGCGGCUAUCGGUGAGAAGGCCGCGAACAAACUGGUGAUCACAAUCACGUUUCCUGUGGAGUUUGGUGCCCAAUCCUUACUCGAAGUUCGGACUACCCCAUUGAGCCCCACAUCUGUCCAAGUCACUCUGAUCACACAAGGUGUUGCCCCGGUGACCGGAUCGAUACGGCCAAGUUACGCAGGCUAUCCAUCCAUGUUGACCUACCCGAUCGAUGGAACAGCUGACGAGAUUCGAAACGCAUACAUGAGUUUACGCGACACCAUAUGUCCCACACGGCUCACCAAUCCGGAUCCGAAGAACUAUAUCUAUUUUGAGGAUUUUGAAACAAAUCAACUCAUCUCUCGCACAUCACAAAUACCAGCAUUCUGUGGAUCGUACAGUCAAAGCAGACCCUACUAUUUCAAAUUACCGACUACUAUAGACUUGGUCCGCUACCCUCACCUGUGUUUUGCUGUCUGGGGCAAAUUGAUGGACUAUGUGUUUUUCACCUACAAUGGACGUGGACUGAACGCGCAGGUGGACGGUGCCACACAAUACUAUCCAACUAACAUGAGCUAUGCCCCAGCGAAUACCUGGCGAUUCAAAUGCAUGAAUGUACUGAGUGCGCUUCAAAAGUCGACCUCCGGUUCCUCUUAUACGAUAUUCCAACUUACCGGAUUCUACGUUAUACCCAGAUCGGAUUAUUGGGAUCAGAACAGUGAUUAUUAUAUCGAUUCUAUUUACAUUGGCUCAGAACCGAUCUAUGCUGAUGAACAAGGUGAGGAGAAAAGAUCAACCAGUUCUGCAAAGUUAUACAGAAUGAAUCUGACUUGA